AUUGAAAGAAGUCUAUGAGAGAAGUGUACAAUCUAAACGUCUAGAUGGUUUGUUCACAAUAGAAGAUGUAAAAACAAACCCUGGUAGUUACUCUGGGCUCACAGAGCAGAAAUGAAGCAAUUCGAAAUGAUUCAAAUGCUUAAGAAAAGUCAAAUAUUUCUCAACUUGUGGGUAGAGGUUUCCCAAAACCUCAAAGAAACACAAGAUCAUGUAGAUGAGAUGGAUUGGAAAGAAGUUCUAUCUUCCGUGUGGACAUCAGUGAAACAUGAAAUAUGUUCAUUGGUGGAUUUAAUUCAGAAAGAAUCACUCAAACUGGAUGUGGCUUUUAAACAUUUUAUUUGGUCUAAUGGAAAACGAAAGAAAAUAUAUGACGAGCUCCAAAUAUUGUACAACUUUAAAAAAAAACUUGAUGAUUCAGAAAAUGCAGUUUACAAUUUGGAUUCUGCUGUGUUCUCCAUUUCCAACGUAUGUGAAAUUAAGAAGAAUAGCAAGAGCUUAAAAUGGGUACUUGACUUCGUGAAGAUACAGCAACUGAAGGGAGAUUUUGAAGAUUUGAAUCAAAUAUUAAAUACAGAAGAAAAUAUUGAUUUGACCUUGAAGGAUAUUGAUGAAACUACGUUAGAAAAGUUUCCCAAGCAACUGCGUGAUAUGGAGCCAUCAAAGCUUGCUGUUUUGAAGGAUUUUAUAGAGCAAAGGGAACUGAUUGAGUGGCUUCAAAAUACAAAAAUGACAGAUGUAUCUGAAGUGAAAGUGAUGUGCGAUUUGGCUCUGUCAUCUACUGGUGAAACGCCUGUUGAGACUGAUAAAAUUCUGCAUCUACUUGAUGCAACACAAUGUUUUGCCCCAUUACUUUUUCAUUUGGAGGAUGUUAACUGUCUAGAUGAGCUUCUUGAAAAAUGUGCAGAAGUAUGGGAAAAUGUUGACCAGGAUAAUAGGAUUUUGGAAAAAUGGAAAAGCAGUGGUGAUAACCUUGAGUGGCUUAAAGACAGAGAAAGUCUCGUUGGAUCUGAUCAGAAGCAAUCUCUUGCACUGGCGCAGAGCAUUAAUGAAAGAGGUCUUUACACUGUUGGUAUAACAAAAAUUAUACGGCCAACACUAGAAAAUUGUGUUUCACUGACUAUUCAAGAUACAGAUUCAACUCCCAAGAAAGGCAAAAAUUCUGGAAAGUAUGACCUACCUGCUUUACAAGACUUGCAAUCCAGGUUGGCCCUUAUAGCUGGUGAAGAAGAUCAAGGGCAGCAAGAUAUAGCUCAAUUUGUUGAACUUUUCACUGUGGUGAAAACUCUAGCAGAAGCAUUUGUUAACCUAACCAAUGCAGGAUGCAUGCUAUUUAAUGACUUCACAGCUAUGAUAUCAUCCUCUCUGUGUAAGGACAUAAAUGACAGACAAAAUGAACAUAACUUGAAAAUUACAAUUCAUUUUAUGGAGCAAAGUGCACCUCUUAGCGGCACAACAAGUUUAUAUGUUCUACAAGAAUUGUCAAAAACGUUACGUCUAUCAUAUUACCAAUGGACUGACUAUAUCAACUCUAAACGACUAAAGCACUACCAUCUGAACGAAUACAAUAUUCAGCAAAUAACAUAUUUGUGUCAUCAACUGGCAACUGUGGAAAAUACUGCUUUACUUCCAGAUCAAGUUUUAUCUCUGCUUUCGAAUGACUCUAAAAGCCUUGCAUCGGGUAUAAUACAAGAAGCUCGUGACCAAGCAAUCAAAAUAAAUGAUGAAGAACCUGAUGAAGAAGAAAUGGGUGAGACUGAAAGAAACAUCGAUGGUGAAGAUUCUAUGAGUGAAAUGGAAAAGAAGAAAAGAACACUUCGCAUUCUUGUUAAUAGAGAACGAUUGCCCGAACACCUUGCAAAAGCAGCUAUUCAGGCUGUAGGUUACGAUAACAUUGAUGAAUGCAACAACUGGGUUUUAUUAUAUCAAUAUGACGAAAAUGAAGUACAGAGUAAUCUAAAAAAAUUCAAUGCAGAAAGAGCAUUUGCUCAUCAGUCUAAUGAAGAGGAAGAACUUACAUCUAUUCUUGACAAUAAAUCUAUGCAUUCUUUGACUGAGAUGAUUGACCAGAUCAUAAACACAUUAAAUGUUGAUGAAUCAGAACCAAAAAUUGUUGGAGCAGUCAAAACAAUAUGCAAAAGAUACUUUGAGAAAACUAAGGUUCUCACCAUGCAAGAUUAUCUCAGUGUAGAACACUUGGGCAAGUUUUUGACUCAUCUUCACGAAAAUCAUGACAUCAAGCACAAAGUUGUGAAGGACCUUGAGCCACCACUUGAAAAAGGUAGACCAAACCUGAUUGUAUGCCAGGAAGCUGAGAUAAUACCAACUCUGUUAUCUCUGUACAUGAAAAAUCGUGAUCAACCACUACCAACAGCGUCUGAAGUGUUACUUUGCAGUAAACAAACAACAUCUGAUGAGGUUGAGAGAUUUAUGAGAAGAGCACUUUGCAAGUGUAAAAGUAAUGGUCAACCACUGUUUUGCAUGGCUUUCACGGAAAAGUUGAAACCGAAGGUAUCAAAUUCAGUCGAAGACAUAUUUGAAGAAUUAUUGCAGCAACAAAGACAUUUAAAUACAGAUUAUCAACUUGUGGUUUUAUCCGGCAGUCAGCAGCAUUACAUUAGUGAAUGCUUUGAUAAGCAUCAAAUACAAUUGGUAAAGAAAGAAUCAUUUGAGAAAGAUAUUUCGAAUUAUUUGAAGAUGCAUUUGAGCACAACAGAUAAUGAAGUGGGACCAUUUAUUGUUAAAAUAGUGGAAGCUGACAGAUCCGGAAUUGGAAAAUCACUUUAUGUCAAAGACUUGAGCAAACAGCUGGACAAACGAUGGUUUGAAAAAUGCAGUCAAAUCGAACAUAUGCAUGCAUUCCUGAAUGUUUUAAAGCGUGAUGCAAACAAUGUCGUACCAAAGAGAAGUCUUCCAGUACCAAUGGAAAAAGGAAAAUUCAACAUUAUAUUCACACCUGAGGCAGACAUCCUCCCCGCUCUUUUAUCGUUAUAUAUGGCCGACCAAGGACAACCACUGCCAAUUGCAUCAGAAGUUUUACUCUGUUGUCAGCAAACCAGUGAAGAAGAAGUCGAAAGGUUCUUGAGGAGAGCAAUGUGCAAAACUUCAAAGCAAGACAAACGUCUUUUCACGAUUGCUUAUGGGGAGAGAAUUCGACCUGAAGUUGUGAAAAGAAUAGAAAAAUUAUCAGAAUCAUUGUCAACCAAUAUGCAUGCAAAUGAAGAAUAUCAACUGGCAAUUCUAACUAGUGACAUGACGUCUUUUGAAUGGUGCAGACAUCACCGAGUGUUUCAAGUGGCCGAAGAUUCAGCUCACUGUGACUCAGAAAAAAUAUCUCUUUAUCUGGAUAAUAAAAGCAUUGGAAGCUAUGAAAGUAUACGUCUCACUCCUGCAACAAAAGUGGAGGAACUGCAUAGAAAUGAUACUUAUUCCACUGGAGAUGCACCAGAUAUCUGGCAUAAGACAACAAUACGUUUGCUCGAGAAAACCAUCAAUACCGACCCCAUUCUAGACCGUCUUUAUCAAAGUGCUCAUAUUCAUAAUGAAGAUAACCACUUUAUUCAUCUAGACUUGACACCAGCGGUGGAGAAUGGAAUUGAAAGAUUCAUGUUCAAUCUUCUUGUAUUGGGAAGCAUUCAAGACAAUCGAGGAAGAGUGUGGAAUAGGCAAAAACAACAUCUUUACGUCAUUGAAAUGACCAGAAGUGAAUUAAACAGACAGCAGAUUUCAAAGAACAGUAUACUGAACAUGCUCCCACGAGUAAAAUGCCUUUCGCCAUUAGAAUCUUUGGAAAAGCUUAGAAAUGUACGAUCAAAAACAUUUGAAGUUUUAAAACAGCAUUUGUCUGUAUCAAAUCCCAACACUGAUGGCUAUGAAGAGAUUAAAAAAGUGCAUGAAUGUGUUAAUCACAACGCGAAGUAUUUACUAAGUGAAUAUCAAUAUGAAGAGCAGAAUGUUAUAGGCAUGGACUACAUGACAGAUUUACUGAAUUACAGUGGAUUUCCCAAUUCAGUGAUUCCACUCAUAAUAAAAAUGAUACCAGAAGACAAAUAUGAGGAAUUCAAAAGUAUUCAUGAUGAAGAGGGCCUGCAAAACAUCAUGCUCAUGGCAUAUAAAAAAUUUAUUUCAAGCACAUUUCAGCGACCAUAUCAAUACUUGAAACAUGCAGCAGUUAAAGAUAUAAAUCUUGAUGACUUUCAAUAUCGUGAACCAGAAGGAAAUCAAGAAGAUUGCAUUGAGACAUUUUUGAAUAGUUAUGUGUCAGACAAUCCGACAUGGGCCCAACUGCGUCAUUUUGCAAGUUUCAUGAAUGUUCAAUUGAAAAAUUGUGAAGAAUGCAUAUUUUGCCAAAAAGUCAGUAUGGAAGGGGGACAAAUAUGGCAGGACACAGAGCUUAGAGGUCUAAAGGAUUUCGCCGUAAAGUUCAUGAUAAGAAUGUCUCAAGACUUUGCAACGCCAUCAAUGCAGAUAGCAGAUCAAAGUAGCAAGGAUGUGGAUGAGAACACAGACAGUCUUGCAAGACAUCAAGUUAGGCGAGAAUGGGAAGGAAAAACUCAUCCCUACUUGUUUUUCAAUGAAGACCGAACCAUGACUUUCAUUAAUGUGGCAUUAAACAGAGGUGGAGAUCUACUAGAUGAGGACGCAAAUAUAUUAGAAAAGAACAUAGCUAGCAAGAAACUCAUGCAAGGGUUACAUGCUCAGCGACUUGAAUUUGAAUUCAAUUUCCAAGAAAAAUCAAGAAUCGAAAAAUUAAACACUCUACGAACCAUAAUGGGACUUCCACCCAGUACUGAUGACCCUGAUCCAACAUAUGAGCUGACAACAGACAACGUUCUCAAAAUACUGGCAAUAUACAUGAGACUUAAAUGCAAUAUUCCAGUCAUUGUGAUGGGUGAAACAGGCUGUGGCAAAACCAGAAUGGUUGAGUUUAUGAGCAAACUUCGAGCAGCUGGAAAUGAAAAUGUGCGGAACAUGGUUACUUUGAAGGUACAUGGCGGAGUUAUGGCAGAAGACAUUUACAGAAGUGUUGCAAAGGCAAAUAAAAUUGCCAAAGAGAAUGCUGCCAGAAACAUAAGCACAGUGCUGUUUUAUGAUGAAGCUAACACAACAACUGCAAUUCAUGCCAUCAAGGAGGUUGUUUGCGAUAACACAAUUAAUGGAAAAUCAUUUUAUGACCGUAAACUUGAAAUAGUUGCAGCUUGCAAUCCAUAUAAAAGUUUGUCGGAAAAGGCUAUUCAAGUACUUGAAAAUUCUGGUCUUGGCUACAGAGUAUCUGCUUCUGAAACUACUAACUGCUUUGGUAAAAUACCGAUACGUAGACUUGUUUACAAAGUCGUUCCGCUGCCACCAAGCAUGCAACCAUUUGUGUGGGAUUUUGGCCAGCUCAGUGUAGAAUCCGAACAAAGGUAUAUUCACCAAAUGACGAAGCAUUUAGCUGAAAAACUAAAACUGGAUAAUCAGGACAAAAACCUGAUUGAUUACAUCCUGUGCAGUGCACAGUCUUACAUGAAGAUAGAGAUGAAAGAUGAAUGCAGAUAUGUCAGUCUCAGAGAUGUGGAACGAUGUCUAAUAUUUUUCCAUUUUUUUCAUGAUCAACAAGAGUUUCUUUUUCCCAGAAUUGAACACAAACUGGGUGAAGACCAACCAACAAUCUCAACUACACUUCGUUGCUUGAUUCAAACAAUAGGUGUCUGUUAUCAUGUUUCACUAUAUAACAGACAAAAAUUUCGGGAACACAUAUCGAAAUGUCUCAAAAAAAAACAAAUUACUCUUAAUCAACGACAGAUAAACGAGGAGCUCGUUGCAUGUCAGGAUGUAUUUCUUGGCAAUUUAAAAAUAGAAAGAAACAUCGCACCAAAUGAGGCCUUAUGUGAAAAUGUCUAUCUCAUAACAAUAUGCUGCGAGCUUCGUAUACCCCUUUUUCUUGUUGGAAAACCUGGGAGCUCCAAGUCUUUAGCAAAGACCAUUGUUUCAAACAACAUGGAAGGAAAAAAGUCAAAAUCCCCACUUUUCAAAAGACUGAAAAAGAUCAAGAUGAUUUCAUAUCAGUGUAGUGCACUAACAGAUGCAGCUGGGAUAAAACAGAAAUUCAAAGAAUGUUCAGAUUUACAGAAAGGCGACAAAGAUUUGAAUUCAUAUUCUGCCGUGGUGGUGUUGGAUGAGAUUGGCCUAGCAGAAGACUCACCGAACAUGCCAUUAAAAGUACUUCAUCCUUUAUUGGAGUGUGGCAGUACAGAAAGCGGAACAAUUGCUGAUACAAAACCAACUGACAAAGUUGGCUUUGUAGGAAUUUCAAAUUGGGCUUUGGAUCCCGCCAAAAUGAAUCGUGGUAUAUUCGUUACUAGGAGUACACCAAAUGAAAAAGAUCUUUUGGAGACUGCUAAAAGCAUAAUGCAGAAACAAAAUCAUUUCAUGGCAGAAGAAAUUGAGAUUUUAGAUGGACUAACCAAAGCAUAUCUGAAUAUAUACCAUAAUCAGAGAUAUAAGCAAGUAUCAAAAGAAUACUUUGGAUUACGAGAUUACUACAGUAUGAUCAAAAUGAUUAAUGCCACAAGCGAAGAUAAAGAUAAAUGUGAAUUUAAAGACAUUGCGUAUGCUGUUCAGAGGAAUUUCAGUGGGGGACAUGAAUCUCAUUUCAAAGCACUAACAACGGCUGUAAAAAAACAGUAUGUUUUUGAAGAUGAAGUAGCAGAAAAGUCUGUGACAGACAUGAUUAAAGACAACUUGAAAGAAAAUGACAGCAGGUUCCUUCUGCUGUUAACCAAUCAGCACUCAUCAGUAUCCAUGUUGGAACAUCUUAUAGAAGAUUUUCAUAAAAAUGUUCAAAUCAUAUUUGGUUCAAGCUUUGCAGGAGACCACACAUAUACAGAAAUAUGCAAGAACAUAAACCGCAUUAAAGUGUGCAUGGAAGCAGGUCGCACUGUGGUUUUGCUGGAUAUGACAGAGGUUCAUGAAUCUCUUUAUGACGCACUAAACCAACAUUACACUAUCUAUGGUGGACAGAGGUAUGUUGACAUAGGCCUGGGAGGUCACAGAGUAAAAUGCAGAAUAGCAAACAAUUUUCGGUUAGUGGUUAUGGAGAAAAAAGAUUUUGUUUACCAGCAUUACCCCAUUCCUCUAGUUAACAGAUUGGAGAAACAUCAUCUUGAAUCAAUCAAUUUGCUGAAUAAUUCCCAACUUCAUGUAUCUGCAAAACUGAAAACAUGGUGCCAAACCUUCGCAAAAGUAGACAAUUUCAAUGAAAAAGAUGCUUUUCUCGGUUAUCAUGAUAAUACUUCAAGCUCUGUUAUAUUGGCAAGGGACAAAACCAGGAAUAUAGAAUUAUAUAAAGGUGUGUUACUUCAAUGUGUGGCAACAGAUGCAAUGUUCAGAGCUAAAGUACCUGAAAAAGAGCGACUGUUGGAUAUUUAUACAAGAGAGCAAGUUCACGAUAACUUGCUUAAUCUGUUGAAUCACACUUUUGGAACCAGCAAAAAAAAUUUAACUGUGCUGGAAAUCACUUCAUUUUCCAACAUUCUGACAACAAAAGACAGACAAAAACUUGAAUCGUCUCUUUCCUUGAAACAAAAUAGCAUAAUGCUGCUUUCCCUUCUUCUUUUUGACACACAGCAGGAAUACUUAUCAAAUCUGGAAAAGUUUUUCAAAUCUGAAGUUUCUCAAGAAAAGAAAAUUCUUCUUGUGCAAUGCCCACAAGCUCAAAGACAUGGAUCACUCAUUGCAUGUGCAAAAUAUGGCUUGACCAAUAUGAUUAAAGAUAUUACAAAACACGAGCCUGACUGUCAAAUUAUCGUAGCUUUUUUACUUUCAAUUCAGCGACAGCAUUCUUCCCACACAGAAAAACAAUCUCAACUCAUGCUCCAACAUACUAAAAGUGUAGAAAUUGUUUAUGUCGAUGAUUUACGCCCUCCUGGAGCAGGCAAUGUCAUUGUUAGUAGAUUCUAUGAAAAAAAGCUUACAGAUGUACUUCGAAUGGGACAGCAAGAAAUAGAUGAGCAAGCAAGGAUGCACCAAGAAGGAAUCAAUUUCAUAGCAUUGCUAAAGGACAGCAUUUGCCAGGCAAUGUCGAGAAUAAGACGAAAAAAUGAAACUGAUGCACGAAAUCUACAAUGCAUAGAAUAUAUUACCUCAUUAUGUUCACAAAACCCUGCACUCAGAGGCAAAUUUCUCAGCAUUAUGGCAAAUUGCAUGACAGAAAUCUAUAAAGAGCGAGAUAGUGAUGGCUCAUUAGCAAUGUCCUCUAAGUCAUGGAUGACAAAAGAAGCAUUGUCCCCAUUCCGUUUACAAGAAGGUGGAACAUUUGGCAAGACUCUUUGUCUUUGUCUAAAGCGACACUUGUCAGAUCUAUUGGCUUUCAUUAUCAGCUGUAUUGAUGAGAACAACAAUCUUGAUUUUGUUUUAAAAAAUGAUUAUAAACAGUGGCAGACAGAAUUGUGGUUUGAAUUUUUCAAGACAUUAAAGCUGGAGUGGAAAAAAAUGAAAGGACGUCAAGAAUUUAACGUGGAUUUUGAAAAUCAUCUUACUAAAUCAUUCUCACCCCAGUUUCCAUUCAGCUUUGUUUUGAACAGUAUAUUUUGUCAAAAUUGGUCUACAUUACAAAAUGAAGAUUCGGCAACAAGACUUAAAAUAUUUGAUAACAUGUUCAGUGAAAGGCCUGAAGCAAAAAUCAUCGCAGAUGCAUGUGAACAUAAUAAGGAUGAGAUUGUUCGAGCUUAUGCUACGGACGCAUUGACAUGUAAUUUCAAUUUUGGCAAUAUAGAAGAAUCUGUUAAAGAGAGACUGGUUGACAUUUUACUCAAUAUUUUUCAUAGGACAAAAAAUGAACUGGGAGAAUACCAGAGUCAUAAUGUCGUUACCCUUGUUUACAACUGUCUACAGGAAUAUCUUCCUCACUUGUGUAUGAUCUGCGAAAUAUUCAAAAUAUUGCCGAGUACUGCUGAUGAUACCACUAAAUGGAUUGAAAUACAAGAGCACAUUGACGACUUUGUCAUACAUUCACUAGCAUUGAAAAAAUUGUUAGAAUGGCUUAGUGAAUACGAUAUAGCUGAUGAUGCCUCCUGCGUAGGAUGGAUGUCUCUAACUAACAGAUGCAAAAGAAUAUAUCAUGGUAACAGGCAAUUAAUCCCUGAUAUGGAACUCAAGGAGAAAAUAUCUGAGAAAUGGGAACCGAUAUCAUUACUCGAUUUGCUUUUAUUGCAGCUAUUGCCAAAUGCAGAUGAUGAGUUAUUUACCAAUUACGUAAAAGUAAUUGUCAACCACGCAAAAAGAUUGUUGAAACCACUGCAAAGAUACGGUUCUCGUCACAAAAAUUUUUUAAAAAUAUUAUUAAAUGUUUUGAGAAAGUCCUAUGAAGACAUUAAACUGAAGUUAUUGGUUUCUUGGCAAGAUUUAAGCUGCAGGAGAUGUAGAAAAAUUUUGGCUGAAGAGCCUGUCGUACUUCCUUGUAAUCAUUUUAUGUGCAAAGACUGCACUGAUGAAAUGUUUGCAGCAACCGAAACGCGAAAACAAUGUCCUCAAUGUUCUGAAAAAAUGCCUGAUGAUUUCAGAACUGAUCAAGCAAAACUAACGCAGCAGCAAGAAAGUCUAUUACAGAAGUUUCGGUCGAAUUGUACAAGCUUUUUUCUUGAGUACUCAUCACAAUUUUGCUUUUCAAGCAAAGAACAUGAUAUGAAGGACCACGCAAAACUUUUUCUAUAUGAGCUCAUUAUGGAAACAUCAAUAAAUCAAGGGAGAUUGGAGCUUGAAACACUGGCAUUGGAUCUUAACAUCGCAACAAAAAGUAAAAUCUUUCAGCUUCUAAUGCAACAUCACUCUGAUAUUUUAGAAGAAGAGAUCAACAACAUUUUCUUGAAUAUCACCGGCGAUAGUAAUCUAACAAGCAAGCAAUUGAAAGACCUUAUCACAGUUGUUUUGACUGCUUACGAAGCCGAAGUAAAAGUAGGAGACUGGGAAAAUUUUGAAAGGAUUUGGGGAAGUGUUGGGAAGAGCACAAAUAUUAGCCUACAAAUAUUACGAAUGCUUGCAACACUAAGGAGUUAUAUACACCAAUAUAUGAGAACGUCCGAUGUAAGAAAAAGAAAAGAAAUAAUUAAACCAAAUUUGCAUUCACUAAUUGACAUUUGUGCAAGUGAUGAGACUGAUGCAUUGAGCACAUUUGCUGUCAAAUCUGGUUGCCAAAUGUUUGGGACAGAAUGGUUUGAUUUUAUUUGUAUUCACAACAGACUUAAACAUCUUGUACCAAACAAAAUGAAAAGGAUUAUGAAUGACAAAGUGAUAGAUUAUUGGCUGAUUCUCGGGGAAGAAUAUGCAACAAUGAGAGCGACUUUGCACCGUAUGUCAAAUGAAAUCUACUCAGAGCAACUCAGGUCUUGCUUUUCAGAUGGAAAUGAUAUUACAAAACUUUUACCUAAGAUUUUGGCAGUUAUUAAUUUUGCUAAUAACCAAUACAUUGAAGCUAGCAAAGAACAAAUGAGUAGGUGGAUGGAGAACACUGAACUCUUGUUUGCAGUCAUCCGAACACUUGGAAAACAUAUACCAGGAAUUUCCAAAAAACAAAGCAAUAUACUGAAGCAACUUUUAAUAUUAACUGGCUCUGUUGUGAUUUGCCAACCAAGUUUACUGCAAAAUUUCUGCAUAUUAUGCACUAAUCCUGCAGAUGUGGAAAAGCUAUUUUGGCCUGGGAUGCCCGUAUCAAUGUAUUUUUCUAUUCGUGAUGCUCUCCAGAGUGAGACACAAGUUGCGGUUUAUGCCUGCCCCAACGGUCAUCCAUACAUUAUCGGAGAAUGCACAAGACCAUGGAUAGAAUCUAAAUGUCCGGCUUGCGGAGAAACCAUUGGUGGACGAUUACAUGUUGCAGCAGAGGGGAAUGAAAGAAUUGAACAAACAGAGGAAUCUCAAGCUGGAUAUCAACUGAACUCAGAUACAGCUGGGAAGGAUGAUCCUUCAGAUCGAAUGUCAAAACAAGGAGUUGCAUUGGUUCACUUCAUCAUUCAUUGCUGUAUGUUGGUUGGAUUAGAGCAUGAUGAGGAAAUUAUAAGCAGAAUGCUGAAUAAAGAUUCUCCCCAAGAAUCAAGAAAAUAUCUGCACACUAAGCUACAGGAGAACAUUGAAACGUUUGCUAAUGCUAUGGGCAGAAACAUGGAUGAUGCAAUAAUGAUUAUACACAGCUGCUUCAAAAGCAUUUUAAACACGAAGUUAGAAGACGAAAAUGAGCCUGAUUGGAAUUCAAUGAAUAGCAGAUGUGAUUGGGAAGCACAAUUUAGAGAAAAAUAUUUGCUUCCUGUUUUUCAAAACGUUGAUGCAGCGAUAGCAGAAGCUCAACAAAACAUCAAUGCUGUAGAAAAGCUUGAAAACAUGCUACUAUACAGAAUUGUUAAUGAAGUAGCUACCGAGGAACAACCAGACCAGCUUGUAUGGUACCAUCCAUUAUUUUGGAAAACAAUAAAGCAUCCUAAUGCUUCACAUUUACUUCAAUAUGUAAGAGACUCUGCAUCAACUGGUCGUGUUCUGAAGAUAAUACUUGAGUCUCCGGACUUGCAUUUAUUACAACACAUGGAGAAUGUUUUGACACUUCAAAAAAUGUUCAUCUACAGGUAUCAAAACCAAAUAGACAUGAAGCAAGCUGAAGAAAUAACUUUAAUUCAUUUUAUGGAUGAACAAUCAGAUUACAGACAACGGGUUCAGAUUGAAAAUGAUAUUGGAGAUUAUAUUAAGUUUUGGAAUUCAAUAUACGGAAUGUUUCGUCAACAUCCUGACAAGCAAAUAAAGGAAUAUUUGAAGGACAUAGAUGUAUUUAGUCCUAUUUCAAUGGCCUUACCCAGUUCUCGUGGACGUGGAAAAUGUGCAAAACUAUUGGCAGAAUAUCUCAUCGAUAUCCACAACAAUUUCUUGGAGAAGUGUAGCAGUGCUCUGAAGAUCACUAAUGGCCAUACUGUGGAAGUAGCGAGACUUGGGUCGAACUUUAUACGCAUUGACAAACAGAAUGAUCUUCUCCCACUUAUUCGCAUGCAUACUUCCUACACUAUCACAGAAGAUGAACUGGGAAAUCAUCACCAGAUUAGCUACAACAUUGAUGCUCUUGAGAAGCAGGUCAGAGAGAAGUAUGUCACAUACCAGCCACGUAUCAACAAAAAGUCACUGCCUUGCAUGAAAUACCCACAAGAUGUUGGUGUCGGAAGUGAUUGGGACAACGUUCUCGAAAAUAUUCCCCAGGAUCCAUUGUCGGCUAAGUUAUCUCAGGAAGUCGAUGACUUGGUCACAAAUCAAGAUGUCACACCUGCUGAUGUAUGUGAAGGUGUUAGAACUUUGACCCAUGCUAUCAGUUUUCUAGCAAAGAUAAAAGUUGACAGAACCAAGACACUACAAAAAUAUAUGGAGGAAAAUUUGCUCUUGUCCCCGAAUCAUAUGGCAAUGAUACCAAAGUCUGCACUCACAUGCCACACUCUAGCCCUUUAUCAACGACUGAUGUGGCAUAAAGCUGUAAACUUCGUUCAACAAGGGCUGGAUCCGUAUAAAGAGGCUUUGUAUGAAGUUACCCAAGAGGAAAUUGAAGAUGAGGAUGUUCUACGAAGACUGAAAGAUGCAUUCGAUCACACUGACAUGAAUUUAUUUCAACAGCGAGUUAAUGAAAUGUUAAUAAAAGUUCCCGACUUCACUCCAACCUGGAGCUUGACAGAAAAUGUAUUUUCCUAUCUGGAAUUCAUCGAGGAGAACACUCCAGAUUGGUAUGAGAGGAUUCCAAAUGAAAUAUGUUUCAAGCAUAUCUCUCAUCUUUUUCGCCUUUCUGUAAAAGGAAUUAAGCUUCCAGAGAAUAAUAAUGAAACAUAGCCAAAAUAUAUAUUGGCUUUGUUUUUCGAGUGAUUUGUAAAAAAUUCAUGAUGUUUCCAAAAUAAAAAUUAGUUUUUGGAACAUUGAUUGCCUACUGUAGUUUUUCCCGUAUACUCUCUGAAUAUCUACAUGCAAAAUAAUCUGUUUUAAAUGAUAAUUAUGUUAAUUUGAUUUAUUUUAAAAUCUUAAGUAUCAUUGAAGUUUUCUGUUUAUAUUAUUCUUAUAGCAAUCACACGAUGCCCAAAUCAACUAAUUUAAUUGAAGUUUUUUCUAUUGAAAUGUUCCUUGUCAAAAGUCGUAUGUAAAAUAUGCCCUCCCGAAGCAAGAUUAUUAUUAUUCAAGUUUAAAGUAAUACAAGAGUGAAGUUGAUUGACUAGCAGAAAUCGAAUUAUUUGGAUAUGGUCUUAUACGAUGUCAAUGCAUGCUCCAAAUAUGCAUUGACGCAUAAUUUAUCGAUUUUGGAAUUACUGUUUGAUAUUAGCUGUUAUCAUUACGUAACCUAUUCAAUUCAGAGUUCCCAUAGAAACACUGGGCAAAAUACAAAUAAGUUUCUAACAAAUUUGCUUGUAAAUUGUUUCAUUACAACUUGUACAUAAACCAAGAAAUCUGUGUCACUCUACAUCACACAAGAGUGUUAAAUGGACAUUGAGUGUUAAAAUUAGGGUUUAAAAGUUUGUAUUCCAAUAUUAAAAGUGAAAUCAGAUUAUAUUUUUGUGAAAAAUGUCUAAGCAACAAAUUUUACCAAGAACAGAAUAUAAUUGUCCCUGUCAAACCAUUCUUGUGUGUGUUAGAGUUGUUUGAAUUAAUGAUUUUUUGAGCAUAUCCUGAACGUUUUAGAUGUAAUCAAAUAUCUAAUAAAGUAGUAGCCUAAUAACAAAUGUUUGAGUUUCCGUUUAUCACCAGAUGUUUGGCGGCCAUACAGUUUAAAAUUAUAUUUUUUUAUGGCUGAGAUGUGUUUUAUGUUUUGAUAAAAUUUCAUAUUUCAUUUACCAAGUUAUACUAAAAUUCUGAAACAAACUACGGCUUUAAUAACAUCGGCAGUAUGUAAUAUAUCAGAUAUUAACACCAAGCACAAGCAUGAGCUCAACUUUUUUAUCAUUUAACCGGACUUACUUGAUGCCCAGAAUUUACUUACUAGAACGGCAGUGUUUAGAAUCGAGAAAUGCAUAGAAAUAAAACUACUGUCAAGAAACAAAGAAUAAAUCACCAG